GAAUCUGAGCCACAACGAGCUGGUUGGCUCUAUCAAUGGCAUAUAUUCGCUCAGGCAGUUGGAUUAUCUUGAUUUUUCGUACAACCAGUUUUCAGGCACCAUCGUUGGUAGCGGCGUCAGUCUGCUCCGUAGGCUAAAGUCCCUGGGCCUUAAAUCCAACAGCUUAAGCGGUGCCAUCCCUGGCUCCAUCUCCUCAUUGAGCAACAUCAAUGCUCU